AUGUGGGCUAUACUACUGUUUAUACCGCUAAUAAACGCUAUUUCCUACGAUCAAUAUAAACAAGUUAUACUUCUUGAUGGUGAGGAGUGCAACGGGCCUGAUUGUUCGCCCAUUAUCUAUAAAUCUGUAACUUAUUACGAGGAACCCCAGGAUUAUUUAUUGUUUAAACAACCUUAUAAGUUAAAGUUAUUUCAGCGCAAUCCAUUCUGGUCAUCGGGUAAUUCUGGCAAUAACGAUGGCUCAAAUGAACCCUUGGAUAAGAUGAUUGAAGAUACCAAGAAUAAGAAAUCGGUUUUACUAGUGGAUUUUUAUGCUACAUGGUGCGGACCUUGUAAUGUAAUGAGUAAAAAUUUGACAAAAAUAGCUGAGUAUUAUCGCGAUAAACAUAUUUUAACCAUCAGAAAGGUGAAUGUAGAUCAGGAAUCCCAAUAUAAUCGUAAAUUUGAAGUCACGGCACUACCUACUUUACUUUUCAUUGCUAAGGGGCAGAUCUUUUGCAAGGUUAGAGGCGUCAUAUCACCCAACCAAGCGAUACAAAUAAUUGACAAUAUUAUUGCAACUUUGUGA